CAACCCAAUAUACAUGUUGAUAGUAACAUAACCUCACUUAAAAGUUAUACAAUUUAUUUUAUAAAUAGCUAAGUUUGUUUUAGUUUUACAAUGAACAUAAUAAAAUAAACGUGCUGUGAAGUGAUUUUUUAAUUUAAUGAAUAUAUUUGACACCUUUUUACAAGAAAAUGGCAAACAAUAAAAAUAUUACUUUUUUAACAAUAAUUUCAAAACUUUUAUAUCCAAACCAUCACCCUUUUUGGUUUUUAUUUUACAUGUAUGGACUUUACUAUAAAAUAAACAAAAGACGAGUAACUUAUAAGUUCAAACCUGCCUUGAUUGAAAUUAUAAAUAAACACUGCAAUAAAUACAAAGAUUUAAACAGUUGUGUUUUAGUAAAUGAAUCUAAUUUAUUAAAAUGUGAUAAAUGGUUGAAAUUAACAACAAAUAAUGAUAACAACACAAGAAUUGUAAGUGUUAUUCCUGUAAAUAAUUUAGAAAAUGAUGUUUUACUGGGAAGUAAUGUUUUACUGAGUAAUUUAUUAAAGAACAGCAUUGAUAAUAUUAAUGAAUUUAAAUUGAAAAGUAUUAAAGAACAUAAUAUUAAGUUUGCGUCUGAAGUUGAGUUAUCAUUAAUCAGCUCUUCCUUUGAAAUUAGCAAUGCUGUAGUCGAUACACUUAUAGAAAAUUAUUUUUCGACCCCCAAAAUAAUUUAUAAAGGUGAUAUAAUAGAAAUAAACCUUAAAUUGUUCGGAGAAAAAAUGUAUUAUUUAAAUACUAAAAUAAAUAAUGUUUGUAAUGUUUAUUUUAAAUGUAAAAGAGUGAUUUUUGACAAUAAAGAAGUUACAAGUGGUUUUUUCUGUGUGAUUGGGGAAACUGCAGUAAAACAAUCUAUAAACUUUCAAAGUUUUUUGCCAAAAAAAGUUUCAGAGGUUGUGAAUUAUAAAAAUAAUAUUGUUGAGGUGCCUUUUUGUCCCUAUGGUUUGCAGGAGGAUUUUGAUAAUUUGAAAAAGUCUGUUAAGCCUUUUUUGGGCAAAAGAAAAUUAAACGUAAAUCCUGUAUUUUUGGUACAGGGAAAUAAAGGUGUGGGGAAAGAAAUUCUUUUGGAGAGUUUGGCAUUAUUUUUUGGUUUAAAUAUUUACAAAAUAAACAAUUUGGAUUUAUCGGCAAACAUUUAUGCUCAAAAUGAGCAAAAAAUUAAAAACACUUUCUUUAGCGCCAAAUUGUCAGCACCUUGUAUAAUAACUAUACUUAAUUUUGAGAAUUUUGGUAAAAACAAUGAAGGCCAAUUCGACGAACGCAUAAUAAGUUAUUUUUCCAACGAAUUAAAUUCUUUAUUUGAAAACAAUGUAUUCCCCAUAUUACUAUUUUGCUGCAGUAAUGAAAAAAACAUCCCGUCUGAACUGCAACGUAUAUUUUUGGAGACUUUUACAAUUUCGUCUCCGAACGAUGUUCAAAGAAAAGAUUUGCUAAAAUGGAUUAUGGAUAAAAAUAAAAUUAAUUAUAAAGUUAACUUGGAUCAUGUCGCGAAUAAAACGCAUGGAUUUUUGUUUGAAGAUUUAAAAGCUUUGGUGUAUUUUAGCAAAAAUAAUGCAGGAUAUAAUGAGAAAACGGAUUGUGAUAAGGAGAUUUUAAAGAAUGAAGAUGUUAUUAAGGCCAUAGAUUAUAUGCAAUCAAACUACAAUAAGAGUCUGGGAGCACCAAAAGUACCUAAAGUGAAAUGGUCAGAUGUGGGGGGUCUAAGUGAGGUAAAAGACGAAAUUAUAAAAACAAUAAAUUUGCCAUUAAAACAUCCAGAACUUUUAAAAAAUUCAGGAUUAAAACGAUCUGGGAUUUUAUUAUUUGGACCUCCUGGUACAGGUAAAACUUUGAUAGCCAAAGCUGUGGCUACAGAAUGUUCUCUAUGUUUUCUGUCUGUGAAAGGUCCAGAAUUGUUAAAUAUGUAUGUGGGACAGUCUGAAAAAAAUGUUAGAGAAGUUUUUGAAAGGGCCAGAGAAGCAUCGCCCUGCAUAAUAUUUUUCGACGAGCUGGACUCGUUGGCCCCAAAUAGGGGGAUGUCGGGGGACUCUGGGGGCGUAAUGGACAGGGUGGUGUCUCAACUAUUGGCCGAGAUGGAUGGUCUUAAUGAAAUAGCCACCAUAUUUAUAAUUGGUGCCACUAAUAGACCGGACCUGGUCGAUCCUGCUCUCCUGAGGCCUGGUAGAUUUGAUAAAUUGCUUUAUAUCGGCCCUUGUACCGACCCUAUUUCCAAACUUUCCGUAUUAACGGCUUUAACCAGAAAGUUUAAUUUUUCAAAGGAUGUGGACCUGGAAAAAAUUGUCAAGCAGUGUCCUGUUAAUAUAACUGGAGCUGAUUUCUAUGGGAUUUGCUCCAAUGCUUGGAGCGCAGCUGUUAGGAGGUUAAUACAAAAAAACAAGAACUCUACAAUGGAACACAUAACCCACAAAGAUGUCCUAGUUGGCGAACAAGAUUUUAAAACAGCAAUAGAAAACGUCAAACCUUCAAUUAACAAUGAAGAUUUAAAAUAUUUCGAAAAACUAAAAAAAGAACUUGGUUCGAAUUGUUAAGUUUUAUUAUUUAUUAAAAUAUAUGUUGUUACCGAAAUUACUAUUAUAUUCUAAAGCAGUUAAAACAAAAGGUAAGUUAAACACAUUUUAUUUUUGUAUUGUAUUUAUUUAUAAAUUAUUCCGGUAUAAAAAUUGCAUUGUCUUUAGACAUAGUUAAACAUUUAAAAUGCUAGAAAUAUUUAAAAAAUCAAAUCACACUAUCCAACAUUUUAUCACAGCCUGUUUAAAUAUAGUAACCCAUUUUUGUAAACGCUUUUUGAGAAUUUGUUCCCCUUUACUUUCAAUGGGUGAAUAUAUUUUGUAUACCUUAUAUACAGAACACAUACACAAAUCAUUUCUUGUGUAAAAGAAAUGUUUGUUUUAUCACAUUCAUACUUAUUGCUAUUUAAAUAAGUCUUAAUUAUAAGUAUCACGAUAAUAAGAGUUUUUUAUAAUUAAUCCAGAUACUGGCAAAAAAUAAUAAGACUAGUUUUUUUCUAAACAAAAAAAAACGUAUUAUUUUGGGUGAUUUUUAGGAGUAGGGUUGAUUUGAAGGUUUUCCAUAAUUGAUGUAGGAAUUGCACCAAUUAAGGGCAUCUUCUUCGUUUUUACAGCACAUCGGGUACACUAUUGGCGAUUUUGUUUGUUUUGCGCACCUUUGGCAGAUUUCUAUGACUUCAACCUGAAAAG